AUGUCCGACCAAAAAAUUACAAUCAUAAAUGGAGAGUUGUGCAGAGUAGCUAAUACUAAGAGAAAUGAAGUAAGCGAUGAAUCUUCACUACUUCCAUACUCAAUCAACACAAGAGUGGCCCGAGAAGAAAACAAUUUUUUCAACAUGACUUGUUUAAGUGUGUCCAUAUUAUUUUGGAUAGCUUUACUAACAUGGAUCUCACUUGGAGCAUUGCUACUAUUUUUUAAAAGUUCAAUAAUUGGAUAUUGUUUUCACUUGUUAACAUUCCUUAUAUCUUUGUUGAUGAGCGAAUCUACAAAAACUUUAAUAGCAUACAUGCUUUUAAAAAAUAAUUACGAUGAAUCAUCUAGAUUAAGAAAUUAUCUAUCACUGAACCCAGGGAUAUUGAUUUCUGCAUUUGACCCUACAUCAUUUAUUGUAAUGGCAUCUACAUUCUUUUUAUUAGGUAUCCCUAUGCUAAACAUUAAGCAAUUAAUUAAUUAUGAGGCUUUAACACCUAAUUGGAAGAAGUCUUUUGUUGCAAUAUCUGGCCCUUUAUUUCACUUUAUUUUCGGUCUAAUACUUUCAUCAAUUCAUAUUAUUGGAUUUUUUUUGAUUGAUGACAUGUUUCUUAAGGGAUUAACUCAAUUUUUAAUAUUAGGGAUGAGAUUACAGGCCUUUUUAACUGUGAUAAAUAUAAUUCCCUUGCCACCAGUGACAGACGGAUAUAAAGCAAUAUCUCCAUAUCUACCAGAAGGUAUUACUCGUGAUAUUUCAAAUGCGAAAAAUACCUUUAUAUUCUUUGUUCUUUCUACAAUACUGUUUAUUUUUAUUUCUCAAUCUUCAUUAGUGAUUAAUACGGUAGACUUCAUAGUUAAAAAAGUAUAUUUGAUGGAUCACACCAUAUAG